GCUAAGUUAGCAACGGUACUUUGAGCUAGUAAAUGCUACGGUCCGAUUUAACUAUAGUAAAACGGCCAGUGUACGUUAUAUUUCUAGUGGAUGCAUGGAAACCACUAUGGGUAACUGCUAGUUAGCUGUAGAUUAUAAUAGGUAAACUCAGAUAAAGUUGGGCUUGCGAUUAAGCUUUAACGUUAUCGAACGGUCACUGCUAACGCAGAAGCAAGACGGCUAGCUGAUUGUAAACGGUCAUAAUUUAACCGCAGCUAGCAAGCUAAUGUAACGUUAGCAAGCAAACGUCCUGUAGUAGAUCGAUGUCAGUAUUGUUAAGUAUAUCCCGCCAUUAUCAAUUUAAAGAAACUGCAUUUCAGUUACCGACAGGGAACUCGUGGUUGUACAUCUCAGUUUCCCCCCAUACAAAUUAUAUAUAGUAUAGUGGAGAUAAUGCAUCACGUCAAGAUCAAGACUGAAAGGCCAGCAGAUUCAGAGGGGGCAGGUGCACGAAGCAAAUUAGAUGUUAUCUUGAACGCACUGGUGGAGAGGCGUGAAAAUGAAAGGAAACAAAAUGAGGGUGAUACUGGAAAAAUAUCAGCUGACUCUUUAAGCAAGGAUUUGUCUCCAUCAUCUGCUGGAAAAAGGCCGUCAGCUCGAUUUCCACAGCACCGGAGGAAGAAGCGAAAAGAGAUGGACGAGGGCAUACCAGAGACCAAUCAGCAUAAACAAAAUUCUUAUAUUAUUAAGUUGUUUGAUCGCAGCGUGGAUCUGGCUCAGUUCAACACUAGCACCCCUCUGUAUCCUAUCUGCCGUGCCUGGAUGAGAAACAAUCCUUCUGUUCGAGAGCCAGCUAGUUCCCCGAGCCCCUCACACAGCAUGAUAGAGGAAGAGGUUACAGACAUGAUUAAUGGUAAAGGUCAAAAUGUGUACAGACUCCCUCCUCCAACUUCUUGUCCAGUCAGCACAUCUGGUGAACCCAUCAAUCUCAGGAUCCCACUGACUGAAAAACCCACUGUUACCAAGUUAACAGAUUCCAUUCCUGUGUCCAGUCCUCUCAUAUGCGACCACAUGGAACGUUGGAAAAAGAUCAGGCAUAAAUGGAAGGAGUGCUCGAACAAGAACCAGUUAAGAUACAGCGAAAGUAUCAAAAUCCUUAAGGAGAUGAAGGAGCUCUAUGAUCACUAGCUGGCUCGUAGCCCUCCGCCACAGAACUGACUCUAUGCAGUUGGAAAGGAGCCAUGGCGUAGCAGCCAAUGUUUGAAUACGCCUGCCAUCUACACAGACUGACAGGAAAGCAUGAACAGAACCUUGAGCCUUAAAUAUCACAUGUCUUAUGCUUUGCAAAAAUUGGAUUGAAGGAUGUUUAAAUUUGUUGCAAUUUUCGUGAUGUGGAACUGUUAUUCAUAAAAUUGUGUGUAGACGUCUAAAUAAAUUAACUUGUUCAUCAGUUGUAUUUUUCCAGACACACUGUGACUUGUGCAUUCUCAAUAUUAACAAGACUGAUUUAAGUCCAUUGUGGUCUCCUCUUUGUUCAGAUUUGCUUCCUUAACUUAAACCAUUAAGUACCAGAAAACAGCAACUAAGAUAAAUUAGUUUUUCAUAGAGGAUUCAGUUACUUCCUAAG